UUACAUCCAUUAUAGUUUUCGACGCGGAUAUUUUCCAGGCACCGGAUAAGGUUAAAUGAUGUUUGUAAACGCUUAAAUUAUGAGCUUAACGUCUACAAUUGCCCAGCAUCAUUUCUUCAACUAGCUGCCUGAUGCCAAGAGAAAAAAAGACUACCAAAAGACUCCGCACUGCAUCAACAGACAGUGAACGUGAGAACACUGAUAGCAGUAAGGGGUCGUCCACAAGCCAACCACCAAGCCCCACCAAGAAACGCAAGAAACCUCCCGGCCUAAAGGGGCCUGGGAGUGGUUCUGGAGGUGGCAACCUGGCUCCCCCACCUACCCCAAGUGGUGACAACAUCGUAGCCUCCAACCCGUUCGAGGACGACCCGAGCGGCGCCACUGCAACCGCUCGGGGUCUCAACCUACUAACGCGCCGCCUCGGCCGCACAGCGGCCAUGAACAAUCAGUUUGGACCUUACGGCAACUCAUUUCAUCACCAGCAUGGUAUGCCACCAGGUGGUGGUGGCGGUGGAGGUGGUGGACCUUACCCUAACAACAUGGCCAACAGUCACAACUCCAAUGGCCCCAUGCCUCCCAUGAUGUACAAUAACCCUCAAACUCUUUUCCCUUGUGGGAUCUGCCAUCAGCAGGUCCAGGAUUCGGAAGAUGCAGUGAUCUGCGUCAGUAGCUGCCAUACGUGGUUCCAUCGCAUCUGCACGGGUAUGACGACGACGGCCUACACGCUCCUCAACUCCGAGCAUGCGGCCGAAUGGGUUUGCGAUCGGUGCGUACGGGAGAAGAAGAUUCCCUUGGUCCGGCUGAAGACACAGCCAAUCACGUAGAGCUACGCUUUCUUGCUUAUGUUUUGUAUAUAUUGGAUUAUCACCAGAGGCAUUGUACAUAUCAGAAUGCACUGAUCUGUUAAUGCCCAUUGCACAUAGGUAAUAUGAAUUUUAUAUCUAUGUGUAUGCUUGUAUGCUUUGAAAGCAAUUGUUUUUACCAACAAUAUUUCAAAGGAAUUCCCAUACCUUCCUCUGCUUAGUCAAGUAGCAUUUGAAGUUACAUUAUUGGCAAAGGAUUCUUCUUGGGCAUUGAUUAGUGGAGGACAUAAUGUAAAUUCUAAUGAUUUAUGGUAUUAAUUGAUGAAGUGUAAUUGUGUUGAAAUUUGUAGGGUCAUGAAAUUUCUUUUAAACGACCGAAUACAUGUGCGAAUUCCUCUUUUUGAAACAAUAUAUGUCUGUGUAUUUAUUAUAGUUUUGUGACUUGGUGGUGAAUAAAGAGGCUCUCCACAUCGCUUCUUUAUACCCCAUCAUCAUCACCUGCAUGUAUGGAGUGAUUUCAGAAUGGCUAUAAUAAAGAGUGUAUGGAAGAACCUCUAUAUGUGCAUUUACAUUGAUCAAGUUCUUUGAGCCAGGAUCAGCAUUUUGAAAUACUUGUAUUGUAGUUCAAGUAUGGCUACAUCCUUGAGCCUUGCACAUUUUGUCUAAAUACUGAUCUGGGCCCCAGAACACAAAGUUGAGAGCGAUAAUAAUCGCUAAUUUGAAAGAACAAUUCUGAUUGGUUCCUAGUCAGUCUACUGAGUGAAUUGCACAUGCAACGAUGAGCUUGAUAGGCCACUUCAUUUAGUGAUUAAUCACUCACCUUUGCGUUACCAGGCCCUGGAUUGGUUGAUAAUGAAACAAAGUCAAACCUAAUCACUCACAUUUUAGCUAUUAAUAAACAAAAACAAUCGUACUGCCUUGAAAUAUAAGGAUGAAUGUAGCCUUGCUAAUGACCUGCUGACUUAAAAAUCGAGUAAGAUAUCUCCUCUUAAGUACGUGUUCACGAACGUAAUAUAUACGUAUUUGUAGUUAAAGGUCGAGGCCAUCUCAACAUUAAGUUGACUUGAAUAACUAGAGAAAACUCGAUCCUUACACAUCACAGAAUGCAAUGAGUGUACAAAUUAAGUGAACCCAUUUACAUUGCAGUAUUUUGUCUCGAGUCCUAUCCUUGAAAUAACCGCAAAAUAGGACUUGAAAGGAGAAAAUUACCCCCCCCCCUCCUUCCAGUUAAGGAUUAAAUAUGCUUCAGGUACAUGUUUAAUCGCUAUUCAUUUUAUGUAUUCUUGUGAUUUAGAAUCUUAAUCUCUUAUUUAUUUUAAGUCAUUGUUAAUAGCUCUUAUGGUACGUUAGUAAUUAAAAUUAGGCAAACUAAUAAACGUGGGUUGUUUGGACAGGAGACAAAAGACAGAACUUAUGAAACAAUUUAGAAGUGAUCAGUAAGUCUUACAUGAGAGACAAUUAAAAAAAGAUAUAUAAAAUCAAAUGCAUUGUUAAAAUUAAAAAAAAGAAACAAGCAGUGGUCAGUAUUGUACUUUUAAUCUGAAAUAAUUUUGAUAAUGUCAUAUUAUUGUAAUUAGAUAUUCUCUUCUUUUUGUGAGCAUUUGAACCCUAUCAAUUUCUUUCACUCAUUGAAAGUAGAAAUAAAUAUUUGAAAUACGAUAAAUGCCAAAUUAAAGUGUCUUCCCACAACGAUGUAAAGAUGAUUUAUUGUGAACAAGUUACAAGAAUGUAUUUAGCUUUUAGUAGUGAGGCAUAGCCAAUUAGCCACAUUGCAGUAUGUUUGUUUUGAAGUAAAUUUGUCUUUUAUACUGUGAGCAUUUUUCUUAUCAGAAAUUUAAAAAAAAACGACACAAAUAUCAUGUUCUGUAAUAUUUGUCAUUACAUUUUUCUAAAAUCUCAAAAAAUGGCUAGAUCUUUUAUGAAAAGAAAUUUUGACUGAUGAUAUUCAUAUUUUGUCUUUGACAGUUUUGAACUCCCAAACCACAAGAGGUUGCACUGUAAAGGCCACCGCACACCUUACAACCCGACUGGUCUGCGCCUGGCUUACAACUGAGUGAGGGGAGAUGAAACGUAAGGUGGUCAUAAGCCUCGACACGGCACACCUUGCGAUCCGAUCUGCGACUCAUUCAUGCGCUUUUUGCUUUUUGGCAGAGCAACUGAGAAAGUGCACUUACUACUGCGUAUGCGCGUUAUUGAUCAUAAUACGCGUCGUGCAACUCUACUGUCUGAUUGGCUGGAAGUUGGAUUGAGCUUGUGAUCCAGUCAUAAGGAGUCGACAUGUCAAAUCCUUCCGAUUUUCCUUGCGACUUGUCUCUGACCGGUCUGUGACGCUCAAGCUGAAAAGAGCUGUGACGUCACAUCUCCCCUCACUCAGUCGCAAGCCAGUCGGCGACCAGUCGGGUCGUAAGGUGUGCGGUGGCCUUAAGAUUCUAUGUAAUAUUGUCAAAUACAUACUGCACUAUAAAACUGAGGAUUAGAAUACCUUAACUAUGUUAAGAGAAUCUUCACCUGCCUAUUGUCAAAAUAUGCCAUGAAAAGCAUUUAUAUUGCAAUGGUUUAUAUUAAAGUACUUCUCAGAUAGUCUAAUACCACAUGGGCUUGACCCAUUCAGUCCACUAUUAAUUCGGUCUAAUUGUCGUUCAGUCAAAUACCCAUUUAGUCUCAUUCUCAGAUAGUCUAAUUUACAUGUUGUCUAAUCGUUUUGGUACUUCGUCAAAUGAAUUUUGAUUUGUAAACAGUUAAUUUAAUCAUAUAGACUAGUUAGAACAAGUUGAUUAUAGACAAAAUUGUGAAUGGGCUAUAAAAUGGCACUUGGACCGAGUGGUUAGGAGAUGAACUGAAAUACUGUAGAGGAAUUUGGUUAAGACCAAGUGGGAUAAGAUCUGUUGAAAUGUAGGCAAAGUGGUAAAUGUCAAAUGGUCAUUUAUGAGAAUAAAAUGGUUUGAGUCACCUUUGAAAAGACCACUUUGGCAGAAUAUCAUUUCUGUACAAAUAAGGCAGUAAAUGCAAAUCAAACUUCCCAGCAUUUAUUUUACUCACACCAGAGCAAGUGCAUUAUUUGUUUUAUCAAAUAGUUGCCCAGAACACAGGUCUUUAAAAGGUCUUAUGUUUUUUUUUUGUAUUCUGUCUGCUGGAGCAUGCAUGUCACUUUUCCGGGCACACCUGUUUGCAAUGUACAAAUUAAUUAAAAUGUCACGUGACAUAUUUCAACAAUUUGGAAUGCUCAAAAUAAAAUGCCUUUUUUAUAACUAAUAAUGCACCUCUUACUGGUUUUACUUCCAGUUUGCACAGUAAUGAUAAAGCAUAUUGAUGCACUGUGCAUUCAAGCAGAACUUAAUUUUCUUCAACCAUACUAGAAUUCACUUUUCAAGAGAUAGCCCUCUUCUUACUGAUUCAUGAGUAGGGAUUUUAUUUAUUAUCAUUGUGGAUUUGCCUGAUAUGAAAUGUUUGAUUCACUUUUUCUGGAAAAUAGGAUUUUGGACGAUAUUUCUUUUUGUGGUUUAUUUAAGUUUUAUUUGCUGUUGCCUAUGGAAUAUUUAUUGUAAUUUAGGGAACUGUAAAUUAAUGAUGAAAUUAUAUUGACAUUUUGUUUCCUCUUAUAAUAUAAAAGUAUAAAAUCAUGAAAGUUUUUGUAUUCAAUUUGAAAUGAAGUAGAAAAAAUCCUCAUUUUUUUUGGAGCCCUUGGAUGUGUAUGUAGAGUGUUUAAAUGAAGUGGAUCAGAACAUUUUUUUGUGUGUGUGUUUGUCACAACAUUUUUACGAUAUUUUUGGUAGCAAAUGACGACACCAAAUUUGGCAUAAGGCAUGGGGACCUGAGGCAUGGUUCAGAACUAUUCUUGUAACCAGGCCAAAAUACACCAGUUUCAUUGCGACCAAGUACAUGUACGUAUGCUUGCGGCACAUCCUAACCAAAUUUGGGACAUGGUUUUUUCAUGCCAAAAUGUGAUAUCCAAAGCACAGAAAUAAAAAGAAAAGUGUUCUAGAGCAUCAGAAUUUGAAUGCUCUAUUUAAAGGACUUUCACAAUUAGUUGUGCAACUAUUUGCUACAAUGUAUAUUUUGUACAUGAUCACAAUAAUCGCAAAUAGUUGCAUGACAGAUUGUGAGACCCGCUUUUGAAUCAAUAAACACAUACAGUAUUUAUUUGUGUUGAUGAGAUAUGUUACAGUUUCAUGUUACAUUUGCUAAUGUUGAAAACAUCCCCUCUUUCAUUUAAUUUUUUAAGGCUAUACAUUUUGUAUUUAUAAUCAUGGAACCGACAAUUUUGAAGAAACAUGCUCAAAUGCAAAUUUGUCAGUCGUGACUGUCUAAGUUAUCUUUGUAUAUUGUACAGAGUAUUGAAAUUCUUAUGAGGUUUUGAAAUUACAACUUUGACAAUUAA